AGUAAGAUGGGGCGAUGAUUUCAGACUCAUCCGGGCAUCCAGAAAACCCUAAUCAGACUCACGCCCAUCUCCUUCCCCUCAUCAUCCGGCCUUUCCUCUCCGUCUUUAUUUGUAAAGAAUGCCUUGCGGUAUAACGGCGAUUGUGCCACCGGUAAAGCCACUUAAAUAUGAUUUUUCGAAGGUUUGCCCCUGCAACGAAUGUUCGGAGAAGACAAAGGCGAUUGUGGAAUUUGAGAACUAUCUACAGUCCAAAUUUGCCCUAAUCCGGGCACCUUAUAAACAACUGUUUUUUGAUCUCCAAAGCUUUACGAAUCUUUCAUCUGCCUUUUUGGAGACAACAGAGACAUGGACUUGUCUUCAACAUAGCCUUAAAAGUCUACACGAGUCUGGGGUCCCGCUCACAAGAAGUAAAUCUGAAGAACGUAUAAGAGUUCUAUUCAAUCAAACUGGUACUUUCCUAGUAAAUGAAGGGUUACUGGAUAAUUUUGUGCUUCAAGAUGAAUGUCAGGGUCAUGAUGAUAAACCCAGUCAUCUUGAUGAGAAAAUAAAUGCUAUGUUUGCGUGGUUCGUAUCCACCGAAUUUCAGGAUGUUGUGCAUAACAUCCUCAAGAAGAUGAAAGAGCUUGAAAAUCAAGAUGAUCAAGAUGGGAAAUCUGCUGAAGAAGGAAAAAUGUCUCUGAACCUUUCACACUCUAAGAGGCACUUGGACAACCAAUUGAAGAUUUUUAAAGAGUUGCCAUUUGAAGGUAUGUGCCUAGAGAUUAAAAUGCUUGUGGGAAGAGGAGUAAGUAAAGAAUAUAAAAACUUGGUUGAAGACGCUAUGGAAGCAAUCUGGGAGACUUAUUGUGCCCGGGUUGCUAUUAGAAAGAGGUUUCACGAACAAUCUGAAAUGAUCUCUUGCCACCGUGAAUUGGGAGAUUUUCUAGAUUCUUUACUCAAUCAGGCUAAAUCAUUUAGAGAAGUGUGGGCCAGUAUCGAGCAAAGACUAUUUGCUCCAUCUGAAGAACCAGACCCUAAGAAACAAAAGUCAUAGCACUCAGAGCAAACGUGCUCUAAUGUAAAAUACCGAUCUAGGAAGACGAUGAUCGAUUUGAACGGUGGUGUGGCAUGAUGAGUUGACGUGAAAGACCUUGACCGGUUAUAUUUAUAUUUAUAUUUUAAAGUCAGUUAAAUUUGAGCAUGUCUCUUUUGUUAAUAUUAGUAAAUCCAUGAUACAUGUGGAUGUAAUUAUUUAGUUAUUAUGGAGUCGUAUUUUUAUGAGUUACUUUUCACCGUUAACAAUUGUUAUGCUUUUUAAUCUUUUGAAAUAUUAAGUAAUUGUAAUGUGUGUUGCCUUUAUUUUAAUUGUAUUUAGUCUAUACAUGUAGUUUUGUGCCAUAAACGUAUUAAUUGUACAUUGUAGACAGAUGUUCCAAAAAGGGAUGGCCCGGUACGGUUUUUGGUCGGCCCUGGGCAGGCUUGAUGUCUGGGGUGAAGCCCAGUACCGGCUCGGGAAUCAAUCGGUACUGGGCUAGGCUGGUUCUUUUUUUUUAGUUUUUCUUAUUUAUUCCAAGUUUCCAACCCCCACCCUCACCCCCAAAUCCCGCCAAAACACCCUGCCCAGCCCACUUACCAUAGGCCCAUCCGCACAAAGCCUAAAAAACAAAAACAAAAAAAAAAGCCCGGACAAGACCUGGACCGGCUGAGCCGGUCCUUAUUUACGCAGCCCAGGAACUUCCCUAAAAAACCCUCAGGUUAGUCC